AUGUUUAAAAAAUCCAAAAAUAAACAUAUAACACCACCAAGCCCUCCAACUUUGGACGAAAUACUCUCCGAUAUACAAGUAGACAUCGAUAUACCGACAGUUAACAACAAUGCAAAUCAUAAAUCUCCAACGGAUGCAGUGACGAAUCUUGAUUCUUGGUGGCAGGUGUUUGAACAAUUCAUGGGUGAUCUUAAGUGUCUGGAAAUGGUACACAGUGAACUGGAGGGGUGUAAACUAAAAUUGGAAUCACAAAAACUCGAGAUUGAGACCGAAGCAAAACUAUUGAAAAAUGAUAUAGAUGAACAAAGAGCUCUAAUAAAGGAGGCCUUAGAAUAA